UUGGUCGUUCGUUGGGAUACUAUGGUCCCUGAGCUCGCCAACUGCACCUCUUCACUGAGGAACAGCGGUGGCGCGGUGGUCCGAGGAGCGGCCUGAGACUUCGGCUUUGGGUGAGAGAAAAUGGCUCGAACCAAGCAGACUGCUCGUAAAUCCACCGGUGGGAAGGCCCCGCGCAAGCAGCUGGCCACCAAGGCUGCCCGGAAAAGCGCGCCCUCUACCGGCGGGGUGAAGAAGCCCCAUCGCUACAGGCCCCGCACUGUGGCUCUUCCAGAGAUUGGUCCUUAUCAGAAAUCCACUGAGCUGCUCAUCUGGAAGCUGCCUUUCCAGAGGUUGGUGAGAGAGAUCGCUCAGGAUUUUAAGACAGGCCUGAGGUUUCAGAGUGCUGCCAUCGGUGCGCUUCAGGAGGCUAGUGAAGCAUACCUGGUGGGUUUGUUUGAAGAUACCAAUCUGUGUGCCAUCCACGCCAAGAGAGUCACCAUCAUCGGGGCUGGGGAUAUGGCCUAG